AGGUCUUUGAUGAUUACAUCUAACACGAUUUGUUUAGUUUAUCACCAUGGAAUUUUGAUUUGUUUGUUCAUAGCCUAUUAGCCUACCCCAGACAAAAGUUAAACUUCAAUUGUACCGCAUAAACCUCCACUAGAAUACUACUCCGUAUUAUGCUUUUGCUACUUUAACUUUUACGUCAAUUCAAGUUUCAGAAUCACUGAGCUCUUCUUUUAACUCUCGUUCUGAAUUUCUGCCCCCGUGGCCGGGAUUUUCUCAUUGAUGCUGGGAAAAUGCUUCCACGAAAGAUCUAUUUCACUGUUUUCUUGUUUCUCUACCUUCUACUGUCUCCUUCUUUUGCUUUAUCCUCCUCUGUAAGGAAGAAGAAGAAGCACGAAAUCGAUGGAGCCAUUAAAACAAUUGUUAUUUUGGUGAUGGAGAACCGGUCUUUCGAUCACGUUCUCGGCUGGCUCCGAGCGUCCCGACCCGAUAUUGACGGGUUGACGGGUUCUGAAUUCAACCGCGUCAACGCCUCCGACCCCUCGUCGUCGAAGGUCUUCGUUUCCGACGAUGCCGUCUUCAUUGACUCCGACCCGGGGCACUCGAUUCAAGCAAUGCGGGAGCAGAUUUUCGGGUCGGAUGACACGUCGGCUGACCCGGCUCCGAUGAACGGGUUCGUGCAGCAGGCAUUGAGUAUGGAGGUGGAGGGUUUGGAGGAGACGGUUAUGAAAGGAUUUAAACCGGAGCUGGUUCCGGUUUACUCGAAAUUAGCGAACGAGUUCGCCGUCUUCGACCGGUGGUUCGCGUCGGUGCCGGCUUCGACUCAGCCGAACCGGUUCUACGUCCACUCCGCUACUUCUCACGGAGCCUCCAGCAAUGUGAGGAAAGAUCUCAUCCAUGGAUUCCCCCAGAAGACAAUCUUCGACUCUUUGGACGAAAAUGACCUCAGUUUCGGCAUAUAUUACCAAAAUAUCCCCGCCACUCUCUUCUUCAAAUCCCUCAGAAAACUCAAGCAUAUCGUCAAGUUCCAUAACUACGAUCUCAAGUUCAAGCGCCAUGCUAAGAAGGGGAAGCUUCCGAACUAUGUAGUGAUAGAACAGCGAUACUUCGAUGUUAAUAUCUUCCCUGCAAACGACGAUCAUCCCUCGCAUGAUGUGGCGAUUGGACAGAAGUUUGUGAAGGAGGUGUAUGAAACUCUGAGAGCCAGUCCACAGUGGAAAGAGAUGGCAUUGUUGAUCACUUAUGAUGAGCACGGCGGGUUCUAUGAUCACGUGCCGACGCCAGUUUCCGGCGUGCCUAAUCCCGACGGGAUCAUCGGACCGGCGCCGUACUACUUCCAGUUUGAUAGGUUGGGCGUGCGCGUGCCAACACUGUUGAUUUCUCCAUGGAUUGACAAGGCCACUGUGAUCCAUGAACCUAAUGGUCCACAGUCAUCUUCACAAUUUGAACAUUCUUCCAUACCAGCAACAGUUAAGCGGCUUUUUAAUCUGGAAUCAAGCUUCUUGACCAAAAGGGACGCAUGGGCUGGAAGCUUUGACAGCUACUUUCGUCUGCGCCAGACUCCCCGUGAUGAUUGUCCAGAAACACUCCCGGAGGUGACAAAAUCGUUGAGGCCACGGGGACCUCAAGAAGAUGCCAAACUCUCUGAAUUCCAACUGGAGCUGAUCCAGCUUGCAUCUCAGCUUUGUGGCGAUCACGUUCUAAAUACUUAUCCUGACAUCGGGAAGAACAUGAAUGUUGGGGAAGCCAACCGAUACGUAGAGGAUGCAGUCGAGAGGUUCUUGGAGGCUGGAAGGGCUGCCUUAAGAGCCGGAGCAAAUGAAUCAGCAAUUGUCACAAUGAGACCAGCUCUCACUAGUCGACCAUCAGUGGGAACUGCCAGUGCUUAACAUCAUUAUAGUUUAUCCAGUUAUUGUACAUACCUUCUGCAAUGUGGGCACACGUGGUGUUGGAAGUCAUCAACUCUCCUCAAUGCAUGUAAAUAGUCGCUCAGAACCAUCUCAAUUGUCUCUAUAUUUGUAUCCUGCUGUAUCUCUAUGCAUUUAGAGAUUUGUAUUGUAUUCAUUGUGAAACUUCUACAUGUAUAAAUUAUGCAUGCAGAGUAGUUAUCUGGCUAUAGAAGGUAGCGUUUGACCAA